AAAAAAAAAAAAAAAAGUGUAUGCCGCUUAAAAUUUGUAAUACGUUUGGACUCCCAACCAAAUCAAUAGUCACUUUCCCGGAAAAGGCGAGGAAUAAUGGCGCAGGCCGCAAGGUUGAGUUUACGAAUGCAAAAGGAAGUGAAGCUGCUUCUCACUGAUCCACCGCCGGGUGCCUCUUUCCCUACUCUCUCCGAUGACUGUUCUUUCACCUCCCUCUCCUCCAUCAAUGCACUAUUUCAAGGACCUCAUGGAACUGUUUAUGCCAAUGGCGUCUUUAAGAUCAAGAUCCAAAUACCGGAGAGGUACCCAUUUCAACCGCCAGUUGUGACCUUUGCUACACCUAUAUACCAUCCGAAUAUAGAUAAUGGGGGUCGCAUUUGCUUGGAUAUCCUCAAUCUCCCUCCUAAGGGCACUUGGCAGCCAUCUUUGAAUAUUUCAACUGUCUUAACAAGCAUUGGACUCCUCCUAAGUGAACCAAACCCUGAUGACGGUCUCAUGCAUGAAGCGAGUAGAGAGUAUAAAUAUAACAGAGAAGCUUUCAACCAGAAAGCAAGAUCCAUGACUGAGAAAUAUGCGAGAGUUGGAGAAAGUGGAAGUUCUAGUGGCAGCCAAAUUCAUACAGGUCCAAGCACCGCACAACUGCAGACUGAAACACAAGGAAGCGGAAGCAAGCUCUCACUUGGAUCUCUGCAAUCAAACAGCAAUGAGAUAUACAAUGAGAGUUCUGAUAAAUCAAAUGCCAUGAGAAAUAAAUUGUCUUUACCUGUUCCCCUUGGUAAAAAUCGUAUGAGCCUGAAAAGUCAGUAUUCAUCUGUGUUGGAUGCCAAAACCACUACUAAUGAUACUUCCGAGUGCAUGCCAUCAAUUACUACAGGUGGCAAAAACAGCAGCAUAAGUGUUGGCAAAGAACAUCAAUCCUUGCCCUCUGACGAGAAAGAGAACCUACCUCUAACAGGCCAAUCAAAUUGGCUUGGGGCCAGCAGUGACAAUAAUCCUGAAAACCAAUCAGGCCAUCUUUUCGAAUUUCUGCAUGUGAAAAAUAGUAUAGCUGAGGACGUCAUUGUGUUGGAUAGUGAGGAUAGCGAAGAUGAGAAAGUACCGGUGAGGUCCAAGUUGUUGCAAUCGAGAAGAUGCUUGCCAAGGAAGCGUAAAGGAAAUCUAGCUUGAUCGGUUUUUCUUCUGUGCUCUAAAAUACUUCCGCCAGUUUUGUCGCUUUUACUUAUGCUUGUCCUAACUGUGUUACUGUACAUGGACUAUGGAUGCAAAUCUAUACUAAUGUUUUGUCUUAUCCUUUUUCUUUUUACUUUAGGGAUGUCUGAGAUAUUUUUGAGGGAGUAUCUUCUUACACGUCAUAACAUAUACUAUAACACAAUAAAUCUA